ACCACCAACCUCCCACAAAACCAUCAUCCAACAUUAUCCGAGGCUCUAUCUGAAUUCGACACCACCAUCAACAAACAGAAGAUAGAAACGAUGACGGUCCUAAGCGUGACAGAAGACGAGAUUAAUGAGCUACAUUCGACUCUAACCAACCGAACAGGCACCGUCCCACUAGCCUCAAGAUUCCGAGCAUUGUUCACCCUCAAGGCUAUCGGUUCCCCACCAGCUGUCAAGGCGAUUGGAGACGCCUUGAGACCUUCAAAAGAUAGUUCUGAUCAACCUCAAGCGCUCCUUGGUCAUGAAUUGGCGUACUGUCUUGGUCAGAUCGCUGAUCCUACUGCCUUGCCCGUACUCGAAGCCACUCUCCGGGAUACUUCUGUUCAUCCUAUGGUCCGCCAUGAGGCAGCUGAGGCGAUGGGAGCGAUUGGAAAUCCGAUUUCAUUAGGAAUCUUACGCGAGUUUCUGAAAGAUGAAGAAGUAUCAGUGCGCGAGACGUGUGAACUGGCAAUUGAGAAGAUCGAAGGGAAUGAGAGCUUCAAGGCGAAUGAGGCGGGAGUGUAUGGGACGAUUGAUCCUGCGCCAUCGAUGAUCAAGAGUUUCCACGACACUUCGGCCACAGAUCUAGGACGGAACGACUUGAUCAAGAUGAAGUUCCAACUUCUGGACCAACAGAAAUCUCUCUUCGAACGCUAUCGAGCUAUGUUCGGUCUCAGGGACGCCGUCCGUAGGGCCUCUGAAAACGACGAACUCGAUGGGAUCGCUAUCGACGCCCUCGCCGAUGGCUUCUCUGACCCUAGCGCUCUGUUCCGUCACGAAAUCGCUUACGUUUUCGGGCAACUCUCGCACCCGUUAUCAGUUCCCGCCUUAGUAAAAGUUCUCGAAAAUAAGCAAGAAGAUGAGAUGGUCCGACACGAAGCGGCAGAAGCACUCGGCUCGAUCGCGACGCCCGAAGUAUUAACAACCCUGAAGGCCCAUGCAUCACCGGAAGAGCAGAGCCGGGUAGUCCGCGAAAGCUGCGAGGUUGCCCUGGACAUGUACAAUCACGAACAUUCUCAAGAAUUCCAAUACACUUUACCCUUGAAAUCCGUUUAACCCCGCAUUUCAUCCUCUUGUCUACUCUUCUUCCUUACCAUUCUGCACGUGAAUUCCUUUUUUUUUUCUCAAUCCAAUCAAAGAACAGAUUUAUUCCAGUCAUUUCUUCUUGUAUUUUUCUCUUCUGGAGUAAGUUUUCUUUUAUGUGGGUCGAAGAAGUAUUUUGGUCCUGCUUCUUUUUUUUCUCUUUUUUCGUUUUUGGGGGGCAAUGUGUAAAAAAUGUAAAUCAAUAAAAAACAUUCUGCAAAAGCCCUCUUGCCGUUGCAGUGCCAGUUCCCCUAUCAAAGGCAGAUAU